AUGCUUCUGAAUUGCGUAAUUCUUUGGACUUUAUUGCAAUUCGUUCAAACUUGUAUUUUGCGAAACCAAUUGUUCUAAAACUCAUACAAUGUUUAAAAUUAACCAAAUAUCAUCCCUUUGGGAUUACUAUUUAAUGGAUCAUCCUUGCAAUAUAGCAUUUAGAACAAUAACAAUUCACAAGGAUACAAAAUAUUUCAAUCUGUUGAUCUAUUGCAAACUUAUAAUACUGCUUUGAAUGCUAUUUAAGUUAUCGCGAGUUCCCAAUUUCCAAUUAUUACGAAUGCUCAGGUGUAAAUAUAGAUUGUUUUCCUCACAUAAACAUAAUCAAAUUAUUAGUUGCUUAAGACUAUUUGGUCGGCCAGUUCAAUUGAUACUAAUUACUAGGUCCUUGCCACUCUAACAAAUUAAUAGAAUUGCAAUCGAGUGGCUCAUAUGACUCAAAAUGGCAUCGUCAUUCUAUGCUAGAAUUAAUUAGUAUUCUAUAAUAUGACGUCAAAUGCAAUAAUAUAUUCAUAGAUAACAUGGCCUACAUUUACAAUUAGCUAUUAUUGGCUUAAAGCAAUUAAUGAUGGUAUGAUCAAUAACUAAUCUUAAGAUACCGUCUAUGUUUCCUUUUCUGAUGGAAAAUCAAGUUUCACUUCCACUAGUUAUGUCAACACUAAUGGACAGUUCGUUAAGGUGGAUGCAAUCAAUUAUGAUGGUAUAGUUACUGGGUUUGAUGCCUAUCCUGAUAGUACCUAUUUUAUUCUCAGAAACUCCAUCCUCUCCUACAUAAAUAAGAAUGCUCAAAUAAACUGCAACAUAACAUUUAAUUCCCAAUCCUUCAUGAGUAUCUUUUCAGGCCUCAAUAAAUUGGGUCAAGCACACUUCUAUAUAGCAGUUAUUAAUUAGACCAGCCUAACCCAAUUUAUUUUCAAUACAGAUGACUCUUUAUUUAGUUAACCUUUCCAUCAAUCCUUCCCUGCUAUAGAUUUAAAUCAACAACCGCAACUCUUUAAUGAUUAAUAUUAUUUCGUCAUCUAAUAUGGAUUCAAAUAUGAGGUUUUCAAUGGAUACGAGAACCAAUAGGUAGGUAUUUCUCCUCUAUUCUACCAAUCAAUUUCCUCAAACUCAUUGAUUUUGUACAUUAGUUACUCGGAUUAAAUCUUAAUUCAGACUGUGACUUAGGCAACCCUGAAUCAAGUUAACCAGCCAAUUUUGGUAUUUGAGAAACCCAUAUUAAAUAUUUAACAGAAUUUUGUCUAUACAAUUUUCGCAGUUGAUACUCUUACAGGAAUAGAUACCUGCUCUUAGAACUUAAUGCAAAAAAAAAUAUCUGCUGAGUUUAAUCAAGUUCAAUAAUAUUAAAACUGCUCUUAGAUUAAUGUCAAUUUGUAUAAUCCUCAAAUCAAACAAAUAGAUGUUGGAUAUUGUGCUUUGGGACCUAAUAUCACAUACUAAGCAGGAACCUUUGUGAACAUAGAGGGAUUAGGGAUAGAUUCAUAGAUUGGACAAUUUGUAAUUGAGGUUGAUGAAUUAGAAUUGUUUUUCUAAGAGUUGGCAAUCUAUUAAAUAAAUGAGAUUUAUACAUUUUAGAGUAACCCCAGAGAGUUUACAUAUUUCACAUAUUUGAUUAAUCCAUUAAAUAGUAAGCAAUACAUAUAAUUAAUUUAAUUCAAUGAUUUUCAAGUAGAGUAUCAAAUUUGUGAUAAGUGGAUAUGUCAAAAUACUACUGUCAUCAAUUUGGAUUAUCAGGUGACAAUGUCAUAAAUAGGAGUUGACAUUAGUAAAAAGGAAGACUUUAUAUUAUUAAUAACCAAUGCUGCUACAUCAUAUUAAUUGUGCAUCUAUCAAUUUUAGAGCUUACAACAAAUUGAUUUAUAAGUGUUGGAUGUGGCAGAAGAUUUGAACAUUGAUCCAACCUUUUCAAUUGUGUAAAUAAUGCUUUCAGGUCCUUAUUUAUAUUUAAUCAUUGACAACCCUAAUUAAAUGGUAAUUUAUGAUAUUUACAAUUUCAAUUUGGUUGAAUUUGAUGCUCCAAAUUUAUAGCCCAGGAAGUUGGAAUAAAAUUAUGCCUCGUAUGGAGAUAAUAUCUUCUUAGACAACACAGUUGAUCUUGUCAUUUUCGAAAUGGUCAAUGGUUAAUUUACUAUUGGGGCUCAAAUAGAAUAUCCUACCAAUGCAGAUAGUGUAGCCAUAGGAUUACUAGGAGAUGGUGUAUAUAUAGCACUCUCAAGUGAUACUGGAGACUCCUAUUUGUACUAUUAUUCAAGACAAUUAUUAUUCCAAAGUAUAAUUAAUCCACAGUACGUAAUUCAAAUUCCUUUAUACAAUGCUUAAUUUAUAUAACCAAUGAUAAGUUCAUUUAGCUCGCAAUUCUUUUAUAUUUAAAUGGUUAUGCCUGACACUAGCAUUUAACUUUGUAUUUUCAAGUCAGAUUACUAUUUGCUUUACCUUACAUAUUAUUUUAAGGAGUAAUUUAAUUCAAUUAGUGUGAUUUAAGUUGAUACUUUGUAAAAUUAUGAUUUAAUCGGUUUUUAAUCAGCCUAAGAAUUUACGAUUCUCUAAAACUAUUGGUAGGUUUCAGUCAUUUUAAACUCGGAAUUCUUAGUACCUGGUAUCCAAUUACUGAAUGAUACACAAAUAUUGCUGAUUUGCUCAAACAAUUACUUAAGUGAUUAUGCCUUUUCAUUUCCAGUAUCUGUCAAUAAUCUAUAUUACGACAUCUUAAGAACAAAUUAAUAUUACCCUACAGUUAAUUAAACAGAAUAAAGCUUCUCCAUCAUGGUUGAUCCUUUGCAGUACUUUUAAGGGUCGAUUAUUAACUACAAUGUGAAAUCAAGGGGAAAAAACAAUGCCUUUAUUAGUUAAUACAUCAUAGAUUACUACUUUGAUUUUGAACCAACGAUAAAUAGUGCAGCUUAUUCUCAAUCAAGAGAAUUAAUAUUUUCUGUGAACAAUCAAUAAGCAAUUCAAUACGAAAUCGGGAAUAAUUAAACUGUGCUAAUGUAUGAAUUCAACAACAAUCAAUACACAACUUGUCCCCUCAUAAUUGUAGAAUAUUAUCAAUAAACACCUAUCUCAUUCUGUACUAAUAAUACAGAUACUUAUGUUUAUCUGAGUGGAUCAAUUAUUUAUUCGAUCAAUAGCCUUACAGGGACUCCAAUGCCUAAUUUGUUUAAUGGUUAUUAUUUGAAUUACAUAUUGAUCAUGGGAUUCUAAUAGAAUUCAUUGCCUAAUUGUUUGAUAAUUAAUACUUAUCAUUUAACUUGGGUUGAUUCAUUUUAAAUGAUGUUAAUGGAAAGGACAGAGAAUUGUGUAUAUCAACUCUUCACAUUCACUAUGAUCAACAUCAAUACUAACCCUUCAAAUAUGAAAUAACUUCAAUGUGCAGGCUGGAUAGGAAUCACAGAUGAUAUCUCCACCUUCCCAUUCCAUUAUAAUUGUUUCAAUUUAACAGAACCAAAAAUGUAAGUGAAUGUUUACACUCCUAAAUAACUUUUUAUUUAAUCCAUACUCUCCAAUUCAAUCCAACUAAUUUAAAUUACUUAAAUUGGAUUGCCUGUUAUCUAUUCCAAUUAUUCUGAAAUUACACUCUUAUUUGGAAGUCAAAACAAUGCCUAUUCAUUUUUGGUUCAAAUAUUCGAAAACAGUGUGGAGAUUGGAGAUAAACUCUUGAUCUUCUAAUAAUUCAGCAAUCAAAAGGCUGUUCAAACGGUCAGCGGAUAUAAUAGCCAAGGAAAUUUGACUGUGAUCUCAAUGUUCUUGUAAAAAGUAGGGUCUCAAAUAUUCCAAACUCUAUGCAUAUAUUAGCCAUUCAACUUUAAUUUUACUGGUAAACUCAAAGUAAUUGAAUUCCUAUUUUGCAGAACUCUCCACUACUCAUUGCCAUACACUCAAAAGUAUUCACCCUUCUUGUAUUACUUGAUUAACAAUCUGGUGUUGACCAAUUAGCAUUUGCUUAUUAUUUCAUAACAACUGGAAAUCACAGUAUAAGCGUUUCCUCAUACUGAAAGUAUUGUGUAUCUAAAUGCUUCAAAUUUUGAUUCAUUCCAAAAUCUAACCAUCAAUAUUAUCUAAACUGACUUAGAUCGUACAUAUGUUGGAUGGAUAGUGUUUUCCUUGUUAGUUGUACUCUCCAUAGCCAUCAUUUGGGGCUAUCAAUAUAUCAAGAAAUUGCGUAACAUCAAUACUGAUGUUGAAAAUUAUAUUGAAUUAUGA